GGGAGGAGGAAGGAUGCAGAGAGAACGGAGAGGUAAAAAUGUGGUUCAUCAACUCUCGGUAACCUUAGAAGAUUUAUAUAAUGGUGCAACAAGGAAACUAGCUCUACAGAAGAAUGUGAUUUGUGACAAAUGUGAAGGCCGAGGCGGUAAGAAAGGAGCAGUAGAGUGCUGUCCCAAUUGCCGAGGUACUGGAAUGCAAAUAAGGAUUCAUCAGAUAGGACCUGGAAUGGUUCAGCAGAUUCAGUCUGUAUGCAUGGAGUGCCAGGGCCAUGGGGAACGCAUCAGUCCUAAAGAUAGAUGUAAAAGCUGCAAUGGAAGGAAAAUAGUUCGAGAGAAGAAAAUUCUAGAAGUUCAUAUUGACAAAGGCAUGAAAGAUGGCCAGAAGAUAACAUUCCAUGGUGAAGGAGACCAAGAACCAGGACUGGAGCCAGGAGAUAUUAUCAUUGUGUUAGAUCAGAAGGACCAUGCUGUUUUUACCCGACGAGGAGAAGACCUUUUUAUGUGUAUGGACAUACAAUUGGUCGAAGCAUUAUGUGGUUUCCAAAAGCCAAUAUCCACUCUUGACAACCGAACCAUAGUCAUCACCUCUCAUCCAGGUCAGAUUGUCAAGCAUGGAGAUAUCAAGUGUGUGCUAAAUGAAGGCAUGCCAAUUUAUCGUAGACCUUAUGAAAAGGGUCGCCUAAUCAUUGAAUUCAAGGUAAACUUCCCUGAAAAUGGCUUUCUCUCUCCUGAUAAACUCUCUUUGCUGGAAAAACUUCUCCCUGAGAGGAAGGAAGUAGAAGAGACUGAUGAAAUGGAUCAGGUAGAACUCGUGGACUUUGAUCCAAAUCAGGAAAGACGGCGCCAUUAUAAUGGAGAAGCAUACGAGGAUGAUGAACAUCAUCCCAGAGGGGGUGUUCAGUGUCAGACCUCCUAAUGGGGCCAGUGAAGAAGGCACUGCUGGCAUUUUGUAUGCAGCAGUGGAUGGAUGAGUGAAGGACUAUAACCGUAAUAUGCUCACUACUUGCUAUUGUUUUUGUUUUAAUAUUCAACUAUAGUAGUGUUUUA